CCUCAGGGCAGAGGCAGGCCUGGCUGAGAGGCCAUACUGACCCAACUACUCUUCCUUGGUGAAGAGGCUGUCAGAUCCCAGGACCUUAGAGAGGCACAUGCCAGGAAGAGCUUUGGGAAGGGGGCACAUGGAGGGGCUCAUGCUGGUGCUGGUGCUGUGGGUGUCCGUGGUAUCCCUGGAGCUCAAGAAAGGCAAGAUGAAAAUGUCAGCCUCAAACCUGAGUUGCUUCCAGUGCUUCAAGGUCAGCAGCAUGAGCCAGUGCCUGCCUGCUGUGUGCCGCCCCACCGAGAAGGUCUGUGUCUCCCACAAGUUGGUCUUCUCCACCAAUGUAAGGAAGAAAGCUCAGAUCAGCAAACGCUGUGCCCCAAGAUGUCCCUCCAACAGCAGCUCGUAUGAGUGGAUGCUGACCACGGGGGUGCAGGCCAAGAUUGUCAGGGGCUGCUGCUCCAAGAAUCUCUGCAACAAGGCAGCCAGCAGGCAGGAGGAGCUCUGGGUCAGCCUAGCGGAGCUCCUGCCCCUAGUAGGCCUGAGCUUCCUCUGGACCCUGCUGUGAGCUUCCUCCCCAGCACCCCCACUCAGCCAUUGGUGUGGGGUGUUCUCCACCUCCAGCUGUCAUCUCCUGUCCCUUCCAGGAUACCCAGGGGGAUACCCCUUUGUGAGGUGCCAGGAAGGGCCCCUUGGCCUCCACUUUGGACUCCCACCAUGCCCUUGUCGGACACCUUCACUCAGGAAGGCAGGCAAACAGGCCUUGCUCCUCACAGAAAAGAUGAUGGCUUUUUGGUUUGGGGGAAGGUUUUUUUGCAGAAGGUUCCUGCCCUGAGCAGGCUGCCUAGCCCCUGUGAGGGACAAGAAGAGGCAGCUAAGACCAGACUCCAGCUUCCCCUUCUCCAUCUCAGACACUUCUGCCUAUGGAACCCAGGCAGAGGGACACAAGGACUCCCCCACUGUGUGCUGGGAUCACAACCCUCACUCCUCAGAGACAAUAAACUCGCAUUGCUCCAUG